AUGCGAAGGAUUCAACCAAUAGAAUUUACUGAGAAAAGACUUCUGCUACCCGCCCCAUUAUCCAUCCGCGAGGAGCUGUGGAAAGAUACGCCCCAUACCGUUGCUGCGGGGCAUGUUGGGAGUUGUAGUCAGCCUUCCCAGGCUCCGCCCCUGGAAACUCCACUUCCGGGCCAGCGUGCUGAGCCCUUGCGCGGACGUCAGCGCCCCUGUCAUAGCCACGUAGCAGACCUGGUGAUUUCAGAGACUAUGGAUAUACUCUUCAGAAUAAGAGGAGGCCUUGAUCUAGCUUUUCAGCUAGCUACUGCUAAUGCUUUAUAUAUGCAUCAAAUAGUAAAUAUAGAUCUUAUGCUGGAAAUGUCAACCUCUCUGGGAGCCGUAACCCCCAUCAUUGAAAGAGAAAACGGAGGACACCACUACGUUAGUAUGACUUUACCCGUUGAUGUAGUUCUAUCUGUUGCUCCAGAAGAAACAUGGGGAAAAGUUCGUAAACUUCUAGUUGAUGCAAUUCAUAAUCAGCUAACUGAUACGGAGAAGUGCAUUUUGAAAUAUAUGAAAGGAACAUCUAUUGUGGUCCCUGAACCAUUGCACUUUUUAUUGCCAGGGGAAAAAAAUCUUGUAACAAUUUCAUAUCCAUCAGGAAUUCCAGAUGGUCAGCUGCAGGCCUAUAGAAAGGAAUUACAUGACCUCUUCAAUCUGCCUCAUGACAGACCGUAUUUCAGAAGGUCUAAUGCUUAUCACUUUCCAGGUGAACCAUACAAGGAUGGUUACAUUAGAAAUCCGCAUACUUACCUCAAUCCACCUAACAUAGAGACUGGUAUGGGCGCCUGGGUGGCUCAGUUGGUUGAUAUUAACAGCAGACCAGACAUGGCUAAAGAAAGGAUUAAUAAAAUGGGAGAGAGUGCUGAAGAGAUUACUUAG